UGACUUCCAAUCCUUUUCUUUUGUCUUCAUUCUCGAACAAUCGAAGCAACCACGACUGGAUAAUAUCACAAACACGUAGAGCAAAUCCAACCAAAACUCAAAUCUAUGGCUUCAAUUCAGCCAUAACUCUACUUACAUUUCUCAUAUUCUACCAUUUUCCUUCUGCAAAAGAUCCUUUUCCGACUCCCUUUAAACCCUAUAAACUUCAUCGCAUCGCAGCAACCAAUCAGCUCAACAAUUUCAAUGGCGUCGCCAUUAACUAACCCUACCUUCUUCGGCACCCAAAUCUUCAUCUCCGCCCCAACUCCUAAAACAGUCCCACGAAAAUUCAUCGUCCCAAAAUCAGUUCUCGAUUCCAACAAAUCGAGGAAUCUCACGAAUCAAGCGGCUGUCGCAGCUCUACUCUUCUCUUCCUUCACUCCGCAGGCGCUAGCGCUGGAAGUCUCUCCGCCGCCUGCUCCCACGCCGCAGGUAAUUGAGGUUGAGGCCCAGAAGCCCGGUCCGUCGUCGCCAUUCGGUCAAAAUUUGAUCUUGAACGCACCCAAGCCUCAGGCCCAGCCCGCCUCCGACCUCCCAGAUGGUUCCCAAUGGCGGUACAGCGAGUUCCUGAACGCGGUGAAGAAGGGGAAGGUGGAGAGAGUUAGGUUUAGUAAAGACGGAAGCACCCUUCAGCUGACCGCCGUGGACGGCCGGAGGGCCAGCGUGGUCGUGCCCAACGACCCUGAUUUGAUCGACAUUUUGGCGAUGAACGGCGUCGAUAUUUCUGUUUCCGAGGGCGAUUCUGGAAAUGGGCUCUUCAAUUUUAUUGGGAAUUUGCUGUUUCCAAUCAUUGCUUUUGCAGGGCUUUUCUUCCUAUUCAGACGGGCCCAGGGAGGGCCCGGAGGGCCCGGUGGGCUCGGCGGCCCGAUGGAUUUCGGGCGGUCGAAGUCCAAGUUUCAGGAGGUUCCCGAGACCGGUGUGACAUUUGCUGAUGUUGCAGGGGCUGAUCAAGCCAAAUUGGAGCUGCAAGAAGUGGUUGAUUUCUUGAAAAACCCUGAUAAAUACACUGCAUUGGGUGCAAAGAUCCCAAAAGGUUGCCUUUUGGUGGGCCCACCCGGCACGGGGAAGACCCUCCUGGCGAGGGCGGUGUCCGGGGAGGCCGGAGUGCCCUUCUUCUCGUGCGCUGCCUCAGAGUUUGUGGAGCUGUUUGUGGGCGUGGGAGCUUCGAGGGUCAGGGAUUUGUUUGAGAAGGCUAAGGCGAAAGCUCCUUGCAUUGUGUUCAUUGAUGAGAUUGAUGCUGUGGGGAGGCAGAGAGGGGCAGGGCUUGGUGGUGGGAAUGACGAGAGGGAGCAGACCAUUAACCAGCUCUUGACUGAGAUGGAUGGAUUCACUGGGAAUUCCGGUGUUAUCGUACUGGCUGCAACGAACAGGCCGGAUGUUCUUGAUUCCGCGCUGUUGAGGCCGGGGAGGUUUGAUCGACAGGUCACUGUGGACAGACCUGAUGUUGCUGGCAGAGUCAAGAUUCUUCAGGUGCAUUCCAGAGGAAAGGCGCUUGCGAAGGAUGUGGACUUUGAUAAGAUAGCAAGGAGGACACCGGGUUUCACUGGAGCUGAUUUGCAGAACUUGAUGAACGAAGCAGCCAUUCUUGCAGCACGUCGUGACCUCAAGGAGAUAAGCAAGGAUGAGAUAUCAGAUGCUCUGGAGAGGAUCAUUGCUGGACCUGAGAAGAAGAAUGCCGUCGUAUCUGAUGAGAAGAAAAGGCUGGUGGCUUAUCAUGAGGCUGGGCAUGCUUUGGUUGGUGCCCUGAUGCCGGAAUAUGAUCCUGUCGCAAAGAUCUCCAUCAUUCCUCGUGGUCAGGCUGGUGGACUCACCUUCUUCGCACCAAGUGAAGAAAGACUUGAAUCGGGGUUGUACAGUCGAAGCUACCUAGAAAAUCAGAUGGCGGUUGCUUUGGGUGGAAGAGUUGCAGAAGAGGUUAUCUUUGGACAAGACAACGUGACAACGGGGGCAUCCAACGACUUCAUGCAAGUUUCUAGGGUCGCAAGGCAAAUGGUCGAGCGAUUUGGGUUCAGCAAAAAAAUUGGACAAAUAGCCAUUGGCGGACCCGGUGGAAAUCCCUUCCUCGGACAAUCGAUGACAACCCAGAAAGACUACUCGAUGGCGACUGCAGACAUUGUAGAUGCAGAGGUGAGAGAGCUCGUGGACAAAGCGUACAUAAGAGCGAAGCAGAUAAUCUCGACCCACAUCGACAUCCUUCACAAGCUGGCGCAGUUGCUAAUGGAGAAAGAAACUGUGGAUGGGGAAGAGUUCAUGAGCCUCUUCAUCGAUGGUAAGGCCGAGCUGUUUGUGGCAUGAUUCGGUCUUUUCCCAUUUGAGAUUUGUAUAUUUAGGUCUACAUAUUAACAUUUGUAAAAUUAUACAUAUUUGAGUAAGAAAUGAAUACACUUACUUGCAUUUAGCCAAACUGAACUCGUAUGCAUUAACUCUCUUAUAGCAAAUGGGGUUGGUUCAUUACGGAGCA